AUCUCUAAUGGAGAUCACUGCCUCGAACCUCCAUAACUGUUAAAUCGACCAAGAAACUUAUUCUAACAUCCUUGGAAUCGACGACAAAGGUUUCUUGGAGGUGGCAACACGAUUUUAACUGAGACACUUCAGCGAUUGGCCACCCUGUAAAUUUGAAAUGCUUUGCUGAUCAGUAUCUCUGAUGCACAAGUGGUAAUUUGUAGGAUACUGUCAAAUUUGAAAGUUGAACUUCAAUAGUUUGAAGUAACAUCGAGAUGAACUGCUUACUGAGUUGUUUAAGUCACUUUCUGUGAAAUGGGCAAUUCAGUCAGUGCAUCAAUUCAAGUGGUGUACACAUUAAUGUAUUAAUCAUUGUGACAUACGAAGUCACAUUUAAGACGACACCUCCUUUUUCCACAAUGAAGAUAAACGAGAAGAAUUUGGCCGCAUUUGCUUCCUCUGCAACACCAGUGGAUAGGGAAGGCUGGCUUGUGAAAAGGGGUGAAGUAAACAAAGGUUACCAAAAACGCUGGUUCGUUCUGAAAGGAAAUUUAUUGUUCUACUUCGAAAAACGCGGUGAUAAAGAACCAGUUGGCGUGAUUAUUUUGGAGGGCUGUACCAUAGAGUUGGCUGAAGAUGAAGAUCAGUUUGGUUUCAAAAUUGUGUUCCAUGGUCCUGGAAAUCGUAGUUAUGUUCUUGGCGCAGAGUCUCAAGAGAGCAUGGAACAGUGGAUGAAGGCACUGGCUUGUGCAAGCUAUGAUUACAUGAAACUCAUGGUUGCAGAAUUACAAAGGCAACUGGAUGAAAUGGAAGAGUGUGAAGUCUUAAGUAAAAAUGCAAGUAAGAAAACUAUACCUGAGAGCCGUGAACACAAGCCAUCGGAUUCUCCUUUACCACCACCGCGACAGCGACACAAUCCCUUCAACAGAAUACAACCAGCUACAAGUUUGGAUGGCCAGAACGGCUCUGGUUUUCCGCACCAUUUCCGUUCUCAUAGUAUCCGGUCAGCACCAGGCAGAUCUGAUGGUACCUACAGAUCCUAUGAGAAUGUUCCUCGAACUAAAGUGACUUUCAGAGAUUUACAUACCGCUUAUGGUCGCAGAGUUCUGACUGAUUUCAAUGCAUGGCGACACUCAAAAAGAUUAGAGCAGGAGAAGAAGCAGGUGGCAGAGUCAUCACAAGACUUACUCAUAACACUGGUCUCGAAAACUUGAGCAGUAAAUAAACAUAAACAAGUCACACUUAUCAGUUGAUGAAUUAGGACCAAGUGAACAGAUAAAAGCAAAUGGCAACAAAUUAAAAAAAUAUGUAUCUUCUGUUAAAGACAAUGAACAUUUGGUAACUAAAAACGAGUUUGAAGUGAAAAAAUCCAUCAUUCACAGGAUGAAAAUAGUAUCACUUGAUUCUUUGUCUUCAUGUCUUCAGAAGCUAAUGUUAUUUUGCAUGUCUCUUGACCACAAGAGUAUUAUAGCUCUCUAGGAGUAUAUUAUUUUUCCCUCAUUACUGCUGUAUUAUUUACUGACUAAUUUAGAAAUGUAGGGGGCAAAAGAUGUAUAAUUGAUGAGUAAUGUCUAUUUUGAUUCUUGUAGCGUUUAUAAUGUGCACAUGUGUAACACUGUUAUUGUACAACAUCUCCGUGACCUGAUUAUUUAACAUGUAUUUUCUUCAUAUUAUUUAUAAGGCUAUGUAAGAUAUAGUUGAUUAUUAUAGAGAAGCAUUAAAUACAUAUAUUUUCUUAGUGGUUUUGAUGUACAAUGGCAAUGACUGUUAUGCAAGCUAUAUUAUAAAAGUCUUCCAAUAGAAAUUGCCUCUUGUUAUUGUACAUAAAAGUAAACAUCCUGUGUUUUGUUGCUGUAAUAUUUAUGCUGUGUGGAAUUAUUAUUACAUUAUACAAUCUGUAACUGAAAGGACAUAACGUAAAAUAAACUCAUUGAUAGAAUGUCCUUAUAUUUAUCGUGCAUCACACUACACUUUUAAUGCAUAGUGGAGCCUUGCUUAGACAACCAUAAGAGAAAGAAAAUUACCCUAGAAAUGAAACAUAAAAUCAUUGAAAAAUGUAAAUGCAGUGUGAGUGUUAGGAUUUAGCACGCACAUACAGUUGUUCCACAUCAACUAUUUGUAUUAUCCUCGAGAAAAAGGAAAAGAUUAAGGAGAUAGAUGCUUCAAAGAGAGUAUCUAACAAUGGUUUCGUAUUCUGGACAGUGUCGAAAGGCUGUCUUUAUAUCAGUGCGCGAAAAGCUAUUGCAAGGCUACACUAUUAACAAGAAUGUCAUUUGUGAUAAGGUGAGAAUGUUUUUUGCCAACCUCGUUAAGAUGAUGCCACAAUCGUCAGCAGCCAAAGGAGUGUUUGUAUGAAGCCAUGGGUGGUUCGCGAAGUUUAAGAGAACAACUGGCAUCCACAGCAUUAUGAGGCAAGGCGAAGCAGCCAGCUUCACACAAAGGCAGCAGAGAACUUCAUCAGCAGCUUCAAGAUGCUCAUAGAUCUGCCACAAAAGGUUUUUAAUCAUUGCGAGACGGGUCUGUUCUAGAAAAAGAUGCUGAAGUGUACCUUUAUAACAGUAGAGGAGAAUGCAUUGCCCGGUCAAAAGCCAACAAAAGACUGUCUCAUGCUGCUAUUUUGUGCCAAUGCAAGUGGCUAUUUGAAAAUUACUCCACUAGUCUUCAAGAAGUCAAGUUCAGAAGAGCAUAUUAAAUGUGAUGUGGAGGUCCAACACCAAGGCUUGAGUGACAUGUGACCUUGUUUGUGAUGGGCUCAAUGAAGCAUUUGGUCCUUCGGUGAAAAAAUAUUUGCUUGAAGUGGAUCUGCCACUCCAUUGUCUUGCUUGUUAUUGACAACGCUCCUGCCCAUUCUCCAGGCCUACAAAACCAGCUCCUUGAAUAAAUUCAAUUCGUCAAAUUCAAUUUCUGCUUCCCAACAUCACUCCGUUACUCCAGCAUGUGGGUCAGCAGAUUAUUUCUAACUUUAAGAAGCUCUACACUAAAGCACUCUUUGAACAUUGCUUUGAGUUGACCGAAGCUAGCAAUCUCACUCUCAGUUAGUUUUGGAAAUAUCACUUCAACAUCAUUGCCUGCAUCAAGAUGACUGAAAAGGUGUGUAAGGGGUUGCCAAGAGAAAUCCCUAUUCUGCUUGGAAGAAGCUUUGGCUGGAGUACAUUUUCAAAUGUGACUCUGAAGAAUUUGAGUCAGCACCUGUGGAGCCUGUAGUCAAUGAGAUUGUGCCUUUGGCCAAGAGCAUGGGAUUAGACGUGGAUAACAACAAUAUUGAUGAGCUAGUGGAACAUCACAGAUAAGAAAUGACCACUGAAGAGCUUAUAGAGUUGCAAUGUGUUUCAUAGCAGGAAGUUGGGGAGAGCAGUUCAGUGGAGGAGGAGGAUGAGGAAGAGGAGGAGGCAGUACAGCAGAACAGCAAUCUUCUGGUGCAACAAGAGAAAUACUGAAAGCAUGGGAAUCGGUUCCAUUGUACAUUGAAAAUUAUCACCACAAUAAAUCAGUAGCUACUUUGCUACAAAUUUGACGAUAAUGCUGUGUCGCAUUUUCACCAAGUGUUGAAGCAUUGGCAGAAACAAAUGACUGUAGCCAACUUCCUAGUAAAAAAGAAAUAGUUAUGUUUUGUGAAUAAUAAAGUACAUUGAACUGUAUGUGUAAUUGUCUUUGAAUAAAUGGCAUGAGUAAGAUAAAA